ACCGCCCCUUCCGGCGCGACGAUGGCGGCGGCGGAGCCCGAGGAGGAGCUGGCGCACGCAGAGGUGCUGGAGCUCUUCCAGGAGGCGCUUGCGCGCCUGGUGCGAGACCCGCUGCUCUGUGACCUCCCGCCGCAGGUGACGGCGGAGGAGAUCGGCUCGCAGGUGGCGCUGGAGUACGGGCAGGCCAUGACCGUGCGCGUCUGCAAAGCGGACGGCGAGACCGUGCCCGUGGUGGUGGUGCAGAACGCCUCGGUGCUGGACCUGAAGAAGGCGCUGCGGCGGCACGUCCAGCUGCGGCAGGCACGGCAGGGAGGCGUGCAGCACCUCAGCUGGAAGUACAUAUGGAGGACGUACCACUUAACCUACGGCGGAGAGAAGCUGGCAGAUGAUAGAAAGAAGCUGCGAGAGUAUGGCAUCAGAAACCGGGAUGAGGUCAGCUUCAUAAAGAAGCUUCGAAAGUAACCUGUCAGAGCACACAGAGAAUCCAGCCCUACCAAGAGCAGAGUGAGGAUCCGACGCUGUCCUGGAGGAGAAGGUGGUAACGUCAAAGAGAAACAAAUUCCAGUUGAAAUGGACAUUUUUUGCAGUUGCUGUUUGAAAUGUCUGUUUCUGAGCUCUAAGUGGAAUGCACUUGCAGUGAUUAAAGAGGCUCUCUUUUUUU